ACCUCAAAGUGCAAAGAAGGCGCACACAUAAUGGGAAACAUAGCUACGAUAUCCUACAGCUUUAUCAGCUAACUUUAGAGGAGAGUUCAUAUCAUCAUAAAUUGGACCACACUGCCCAAAAAACAAACGACUUUCUUCAGCAUGGAGAAAGGGGUUACAUCCACCAAAGGAGAGGGCUUCCUCUCCAGAAUGGCCCUCAAUGACAACAAGGCCGGUAUGGAGGGUCUUGACAGAGACAAGAUUAACAAGAUCAUCAUGGAAACAUCCAAGGGCUCAAGGUUUUAUGAGAAUGAGCUGAAGAGAGAGCAGCAGGUGAACCAGCGCAUUGAGAAAAUGAUGCUACAAAAGGCACAGAUCACAGAGCAGCAGUUAAUGAAAGCACAAGCUCAGGUGGAUAGGGUGGCCUUGGCGCUGGAGAAGAGUCGUGAUCUAAGCCGCGUGAUUGUACAUGUGGACAUGGACGCUUUCUACGCUGCUGUGGAGAUGAGAGACUGUCCUGAGCUGAAGGACAAGCCCAUGGCUGUAGGAUCCAUGAGCAUGCUUUCAACAUCUAACUACCAUGCUAGGAAGUACGGAGUCCGAGCUGCCAUGCCUGGCUUCAUUGCAAAGAAACUCUGCCCCAACCUAGUCAUUGUUCCACCUAACUUUGAUAAAUACAGAGCAGUGAGUGAUGAGAUCCGGGAGAUUUUUGCAGACUAUGAUCCUCACUUCCAGCCAAUGAGCCUGGAUGAAGCCUAUCUGGAUUUUACAGACCACCUGGAACAGAGGCAGAGCUGGCCCGAGUCCUCUCGUACACAUCGCUUUCGUGCCAGCAGCACCCCUUCAGGUGAAGAGAAGAUUGGGUUACCCAAAGAGGCAGUGCCAGAGGUGAAAGACCUCUCUCCAGUCCUAUUUGACGACAGCCCGAGUUCCUCUCCCUUCUUGCCGGGCUCUGAUGGUGUCGCUGCUGGUGGUGGUGCUUUCGAGGUGUUUGGGACAUCUGUUGAAGAAGCUGUGAGAGAGAUGCGCUUCCGCAUUGAGCAGAAGACCAUGCUGACUGCCAGCGCAGGCAUUGCUCCAAACACGAUGCUUGCCAAGGUGUGCAGUGACAAGAACAAGCCCAAUGGCCAGUACAGACUCCCCUCCACCAACAAAGCAGUCAUGGAGUUUGUCCAGGAUCUUCCAGUUCGCAAAGUUUCUGGCAUAGGGAAGGUGAGUGAGAAGAUGCUAAAUGCUCUGGGCAUCAGUAGCUGUUCUCAUCUUGGUCAGCAGAUGGCACUGCUGUCGUUGUUGUUCUCGGAAACAGCCUGGCAUCAUUUCAUGCAGGUUUCCCUGGGUCUGGGCUCCACAUAUAUACCAAGGCAUGAAGAAAGAAAAAGCAUGAGCACAGAAAGGACAUUUAAAGAACUGAGUAAAGCCGAGGAACAAUUUUCUUUAUGCAGGGAGCUCUGUGAAGAUUUAGCAGAAGACAUGAAGAAAGAGGAUCUGAAGGGUAAAACGGUAACACUGAAGCUUAAGAACGUGAACUUCGAGGUGAAAACCAGGGCAUUGACGCUGCCGUAUGCUGUUGCUACAGUGGAUGAGAUCUUUGCUGUUGCUAAGGACCUACUGAAAACUGAAAUAGAAAAUGAAAGCCCCCAGCCACUCAGACUGAGGCUCAUGGGUGUUCGAAUUUCAGCUUUUGUCAGUUUGGAUGAUAAAAAGCCCCUGCAGAGGAGCAUCAUUGGCUUUCUUCAGCCUGGCAAAAUGCACUCUGGUGGCUCUAUCCAGGAGAUGCAUCAAAAACCCGAGGAAGAGAAUCUCUCCAGUCAUUCUGACAAAACCUGGACCCUUGCUUGUCCUCCCGAAACGCAGAAGUGUCAGAAACUAGAGGAAGUUCCCUGGCGGCGCAAGCAAAGGGGGUUAGAGGGAGACCAAACUAGUGAGGAACCCCAACAGUCUUUCUUCCAAAGGGCCCAUGCCAGAAGAUUGCAACUCCAGGCAGCGAAUUCAAGCACGCAAGAGGAAGCACUUACUUCCAUAGGCUCUCAUGCUCAAAAGGGUGUAGAGUCAUCAGUAGAAGCACACAAGAGUACAACCACAGAUCUCUCAGAAGAUCACAGCAUUGUUUCCCAGGUAGAGGCCCAUGCAUCCACAUCAGGCUGUGGCAGCACAGUGUCAGAGAGCCUCACCUGUCCUGUAUGUUUCAGGCAGGUGGACACGACUGAUCUGAAUGUCUUCAACACACAUAUAGACCAGUGUCUCAGUGAAUCUUCAACAAAGCCCAACCUAAGCACAGAUCCUGACUCAGAGUCAGAUUUGGAUGUGGAGAGUGACCAUAAAGAAUGUAAGGUGGUGGAAAAAUGGAGGGAGGAGUGUGAGGGUGAAGAAGAGAAGGCGGAGAACAGUGAAGAACUGAACCGAGUUGAUCAUCAAAACCAGCAGAGCUUGAAAAAGGAUUCUGUUCAAACGGUUUCGUUGAUCAAUGGUGACAACAAAACCGUGGCCUCGCAACAGCCUCAGGCAUGUAAUGGUAAAGGCCCUGUCCUCGUCUGCCCUGUAUGUCAGCUGACCCAGGACACUGAUGACCUCACUGUCUUCAACCACCACGUUGACCUCUGCCUGAACCAGGAGGUCCUACAUGAGCUGGGGGGGCAGACAUCAUCUCCCACAAAUCCACCCGCAGUUACAAAUAGCAAGGCCGUAGAUCGAGGCCAUCUCCUGCCGAGAAAAGCAAGUAAAGGCAAAAGCAAAAGACAGGAAUCGCCUUCCUCUCCUCCUUCAAAGAGAGCUAAAGGCUUCGGUCCUCGUAAUACCAUCGACAAGUUCUUCAGGUGACAGUCAUGCACACAUCCUCAUCUGGAGAAGGUGUGUGUGUUCGGGGUUGUUUGUAUAGGAAAUGAAACACAACUGUUUUCUCUGGGCAGGUUUUAGUCAUGUUAUGGGCUCUCCAGCUCAAACUGUCUUCACAAUCACUGCACUCAAAGCCAUAUUCAGUGUUUCUCCUCAAAAAUCUAUUUUUGUAAUUAAGAUAGCUGAAUUAGGAAAUUAAGCAUUUGCCCUUGCCUUAUUUGUUAUUUAAUAUGCCAUACUCAAAACGGAAAGAUGGAAAAUACAAAUGCUUUAAGUUAAUUUAAAUUCGGGCAAAUUAAUAGAGAUUUGACUGACCUUGUUGUCUGUCUGCCAUUUUCAUCUCAAUUGCCUAUUUUCUGGUACUCAAUGAAGAGCCAAAUUAUUAUUUAUUUCAAUGUAUCAUAAAUGGAACAUUAGGAUAUUUAUUAAAUGCUAACUUCCAGCUUUUUUUUCUAAUUUAUCUGCAUCAAGUUAUUUUAUUCAGAUAUUUCCAGUGAUCCAGUUAUAUUUAUUUUGUCUGUGAAUGAUAAUUUUGUAUGUUUAAUA